AUGAUCAUGGUGACGGCGACCUCGCUGCUCCGCAGCACUCCUACCUUGACCGUCGCUCCCACACAGAACACCGCACGCGUCCACGAGUUCCGCUGUCUAUACACUCGAGACCUGCAUAAGAAGGCGAAGAAAUGGCACGAUGGAUCGCUUCGCUUUCACACCUUCAACCGACGCGUCAUGGUUUAUGAUGACGCGAAAAAUUACAUUGGAGACCUUCACUAUCGGCAAGAGGAGGAGUUCGGCGAAGGUGUAGAGAUUCAACUGGACAGAGGCGUCAAAGUCGAAGUUGGCGACCGCCUGGGAGAGACUGAGACUGAUUUGGCCCCGAUUCUGGACAGACAACGGCCUGAGAAGGCUAGGUCGCAGGCGAGGCAGGCCACAGGCCUCACAUCUCGUCUGAACUCAUCACUGUCAUCUCAAAGGCCAAAGUCAUUACUCGAGGUGCUAGGACCGUCACAGGGACGACUAGGUCGUUCACGAUUACCCCCGCAGUCUCCUUACGAGCAGAGACAAGCCUUCUCUCGGCCUGAACCGUCUGAACCCUCUCCGAAGAGGCGCAGACUUUCCAAUGGCAAAGAAAACCAGCCCAAUGAGGUCCCUAAGACCAUUAGGCCUAGCCGGCCUUGCUUACCUCAGCCUGUCCGGGCGGACAGGCUUGUCACGCUCCCAGCGCGCCGGACAGACAUACCAGUGGAACCUCGAGAAGUGGUGGAUAUCUCAUCUGACGAAGACAUCCAGCAAAGCCGCAGGAAGGAGGCGGCGGCCAAACCCUUACCUCCUACGAGGCCGGCGAAAGUCAUCGCAAAUCCGCAGUCGGCUUUGAGGACGACUCCAUCACUUGAGAACAAGAACUCUUCGAGAGGGAAUAACGCCAAAACUCCUACCGUAGACCUUCUUGCACUGAAAACGAAAACUCAAUCUGCCGCGAGACCAAGCACGGAGGCCACCCCUCGAAGACCGCGGCUAUCAGUCAAGCGGAAUGCACGUUUGCUCCUGGCUCAGGCCAGACCGAAACCGAGGUUGACCUUUCUGCUGCCUUGUACCAAAGUACAAACAAUGAGGCGAUCUUCUUUCACUUCUUCAAGGACGCCUUCACCCGAACAUGACACAGUUGAUUCUCUGCCUUCCUGCAGCCCGGUGGAGAAGCUGGAAGACACUGAUCGCCCUCACAGCAGGAAUGGACUCUCCAUGCAACCCAUCAAUACUUCCAGCUGCAGCCAAAUUAUGGCAGACGAUCAGGGACUUGACUCUAUCGACUGCAGUCCGUUAUUUGUGCCGAGAGAGGGAAACGAAAAGCCAAGAUCACCUUCAGCAAGUCCAUUCCCGUCGCAAGAAGAGUUUCCUUUUCCGGGCUUUAUAAUGGAGGAGACAAGUCUAGGUGCACAUGCUCCAAACAUUGCCCCCAAUGAUGACCCUGAAGCGGUUGCUCCAGGCCAAGAGAUCUGUGACGCCGCAAGAUCACCCUCAGUAGACGCUCCUUCCCCCAAUCCUGUCUCUCCAGAGCUCCGUCUUGAGGACUCUCGUCCUCCUCCAGAGCUUGGAGCUGGUCCAAGGCUGACUUCUACGACACGCAAUUUCCGAAGAGUAUUCUCCGAGAACGAUGCCAUUGAGGACGACGAACUGCAUGUUCCGACGCAGGGCGGUGUCGAAAGCCGCAGUCCGCUCAAAAUACUGAACAACUUGUCUGUCAGGCAAAGCCCUGUAAAAUCUAGAAGCCCGAAGAGACUGCAACGAUGCGCUUCUGACACAGCUGCACUUGACAGUGCAAGCCCGGAUCAUGGAGCGGCAGAACAGGAGCAGAGCAAAGGCGAAACGGGACCCUGGACAUCAGAAGAAGCAUUUCUCCUAUUUGACUGGUGGCCUUCGGAGGUCGAAAAGCCGGGGUAUUGGGCAGCGAUUGCUGCAAAGGCAACAGGACCAGCUCUCGUGUCGCCAGCAGCUAUUUCGGCGUACCCGACCACUAUAACGACAGCAAGACAGUUUUUGCGUGACGAUUUUAAUGCGCUAUGA